AUGGAAAAAACGUAUCCUCAAUAUGACGACCUCAGUUAUGAUGACCUAACAACAGCUUUUAGUAGGUUAGAUACAAAGGUGAAGGGAGAGGCUAUGUAUGGUGAUGACCCUUUAGUAAUAACUGAUCUUAAAAGUGAACUAGACUAUGUAACGAAUCUCAUGGAGAGACGUGCAAUAGAAGAAACAACUUUCACCGAAGGAAAUGAUGGUACAGUGAACAUCUCAGGUCCAUCAGGAGUCGACUUCGUAGAAGAUCCAAACAAUUUACUUCCAGAUGUGUUAGAUGCAUUUGAUGAAUCAUUUGACGCUGACUGGGAUGAAAUAGAAGCCCGCCUAGAGAAACUAAAUAAGAUUUCAACAGCAAAUAAAAAGAGAGAUUUCGAAAACCAAGUAGAGCGUGUUCAAGCUGUCACAAGAGUUAUCAAGGGUAAGAAGAAAUUACUGCUGGACCCUAAGAAUAGAUACGUCAGGGAACUCAUAAAACGAUCAUCUGUCAGAACACUAAAUGAUGGCACAGAGGUGUUGGUAUUUAGAAGUGAACAAGGUACUGACAGAGGUAGUACCCAGAUAAUGAAACGUGGUAAGACCAAGAUUCCAGUGUACUCAAAGGACUCACUUGCUCUGAGAGAAUAUAAGGACCUUAUAAAGAAAAUAAAAGAGGUACCUACGAAUCCUGACAAUAUAAUUGGAAGUGAUGAAUCAAUUUACGAGGAUACUAAAGAAGAGCCACAAUUUGAUACCAGUAAUGAGGAAUUCGCUGACCGGGAGAACAUUGAAUUAAUAGACAUAGGUGCACAACUAGGAGACCUUCCAGGGCUAACAAUGCAAGAAAACAAUGAACUGAGAGGUGUUCUUAACCCACCUGAUGGAUCAAGCAUAGAAGGAAGGACAGGUCCCAAUGGAGCGCUGCAAAUCCAGGCUGACUACUUUAAUGAAGCCAUUGGUGAAACCGUGGAACGAGCCACGUCUGUGGAAGGUACAACUGAGUAUAAUUCCCUUAUAGAAAGAAUUGACAGUUUGAAGGAAGCUAGGGAUAGGACACUAGAGCAGAGAACAGUAGAGGAAGCAAGAGAGGCACAACUAAAGGACAUUUCCAGAUUACGUAGAUUUAUAGACUGGGUAGGAAAGGAAAAGGUGGGACUUGUAGGGAUAGCAGUGUCAACAGCUAGUUUAAUUACAGCCUUAUUAAUCCAUGCUAGGGGAGCCAUUGUGAAGACAGCAAAGGUCACUGGUAAAGUAGCAAAAGCAUUAGCAAAUUUAGCAAAGAAAGCAGGACCAAUUAUAGUUCCAAUUCUGAACACCAUCGCAACAGCCUUAUCAUGGGGAGCCAAAGGAAUUGCUUGGUUAGCGUCACACUUAUGGGUACUAGCUAUAGCUGCAGCCUUAAUGGUAUACAACUAUUACACAAAGUAAAUUAGCUAUGGAGGAACACCAAGAGGAAUACGAUGACCAGAAAAUGGAGGAGUUGAAGGAAAAGUAUUCGAACUAUGAAGAAAUGGAUAUAGAAACUUUAGAUAGCGAAUUACCGUACCUUAACAAGGAUUUUAGGGAAAGCGAAACUGCUGAGGAGACCCAGGAUAUUAACGAGGAAAUUAAUUACGUACAGGAACUGAGGAGGAGAAAAAUGUUGAGCGGGGACCUUACGAGAGAGCAAUUAGCUGAGAAAUUCCCUGACCUAUCUAAACUGUCAUACGAUGAUCUAAUGGAUAGGGGAGACAGACUGUUAAAUGAAAUAAUACUAUCGAAUUUGGACGAAGACAGUUUCAAAGAAAAGUCGGAAGAACUGAGAUACGUCAGAAUGCUAUCAAAUGAUUACCAAAGAGAGUCAAAUCUAAACCGGCUACUUAACUUGAGAGACAAAGUGAAAAAGAGGGAUCUCAUUAAACGGGAUGAUCGUAGGAGACUGCAGAGGCUCAGGUUAUGGGCAAGGGAGAAUGCAGGCAUCUUAUCAGCUGUUCUAAUUUCCUCAUCAGCUGUAAUCAUAGGACUGGUAGCAUCAACUAGAAACAUAUUGUGGAAAGUAGGUGACACAACAGAAAAGCUGGAUAAGCGGAUCAGUGAGUUGGUAAACCACCAAAUAGAACUACCAACUGUAUUUCAGAAGAUAGCCGAUGGAGUAGAGUUAGCAGCGGAUAAUAUAUGGAUAAUCAUUGUAUGUGCAGCAGUAGUUUUACUGUACAAAUACAGCUAA